AUGACCGUCUUCAUCGCGUCACUCUUCUUGCCCUACACGGUAAACUUCCAUGAUACCAAACCUCGCGACAGUGUUUCGGCUUCAGUCCCUCCCUCGGCCGCCAAUCCUGUGAUUCCUGUCAACGAUCCAGUAACUCCACCCACCAACGCGACCAGCCUAUUCGAGAAGAAAACCCCCACUGUGCAACCAGGUCUCACACCGGGUGCGACGACCGACCAUGAGCGCAUCUUUGCCAAUGAUGUAGCAAAUGCCGAGGAGCAGCACUCGGGAUACCCGUUUCCAGCAACAUCUACUCCACCAACGGGCAAUCAGAUCUUCACGGAGAGUGAAGCGCAUUCUCCAGCCUGGGGAUCGACGAACUCCCUCAAUCAACCAAAGCGGAAGACCAUUGUGUCCCCUUCUCCAUCCAUUCUGAAACACCAAGACCCCGUGCCGGCCAAGGAUUCCAAGACUCCCCUCACGAAAAUCCCGGAAACCGCGCCAGUUGCUGCUCCAUACCCGGGGGUUAGAAAAAAUGGGUCCCUCAGUCGAAAGAUGUCCUUCUCUCGAGCAGAAUGGACCAUUCAAACCGCGGAGCAAGGCAAUGGCGGCUUGCGCAACGCCGUUCGCUCUGCCAAAGAUUCAGGAUACCUGGGUGAGAUGAUGUGGGUAGGCACAUUGGGUAUGCCCACUGAUUCCUUGGCCAAUCAUACCCGCAAUGACAUUGCAGAGAAAUUGGAAGACGAGUAUCACUCGUUGACUGUGUUUGUACAUGACGGCGACUUUGAUGGUCACUAUACCCACUUCUGCAAGACCAUCCUCUGGCCUGUCUUUCAUUAUCAGAUCCCUGAUAAUCCGAAGAGCAAAGCCUACGAAGAUCACUCAUGGAUUUACUAUGUGAAACUCAAUCAGGAAUUUGCGAACCGUAUUGCCAAGCACUGGAAACGGGGCGAUUCGAUCUGGGUCCAGGACUACCACCUGUUACUGGUUCCAGCCAUGCUGCGCAAGCUGCUUCCUGACGCUCAGAUUGGCUUCUUUUUGCACAUUGCAUUCCCGUCUUCUGAGGUCUUCAAGUGUUUGGCUCCACGCAAGGAGCUACUGGAAGGUAUUCUUGGGGCCAAUCUGAUUGGUUUUCAAACCAAAGAGUACUGUCGGCAUUUCUUGCAGACAUGCAGUCGCAUUCUUUGUGUGGAGGCAACUAAUGAAGGGAUUCAGAUGGAGGACCGCUUUAUCAACGUGGGUACAUUCCCAAUUGGUAUUGACCCGACUUCUUGGGAUAAGCGACGUCGUACAGCGGAUGUGGAACAAUGGGUUGAUAUCAUCUCUGAACGAUACCAAGGCCAACGACUAAUUGUGGCACGCGACAAAAUUGAUUCCGUGCGGGGAAUUCGCCAAAAGCUGCUGAGCUACGAGCUGUUCCUCAACACCUACCCAGAAUGGGCAGAUAAGGUAGUUUUGAUUCAGGUCGCAACAAGCACUACGGAGCAGCCCGAGCUGGAGGCUACCGUUUCCGAUAUUGCCAUGCGGAUUAACUCCACUCAUUCGACACUGGCUCAUCAGCCCCUGGUUUUCCUGAAGCAAGACCUUGCAUUCUCACAGUAUCUUGCUCUUAUCACCGUGGCGGAUGCUUUGAUGAUCACAAGUCUUCGUGAAGGCAUGAACCUCACCAGUCAUGAAUUUGUGUACUGCCAGGAUGGUAGCUACGGUGACAAGAAAUAUGGGUCUCUCAUUCUAAGCGAGUUCACUGGCAGUGCUUCUGUGUUCGGAGAUCACGCUCUCCUGGUGAACCCUUGGGACUACCGACAGUGUUCAGAAGCCAUUCACACAGCGCUGACACGGAGCGAAGAAAAACGCAAGGAAGUAUGGGACGAGCUUCAUCAUGCGGUCUUGCACAACUCUACUGCCAACUGGGUCAAGUCAUUCAAUGAAUCCUUGAAGCAUGUUUGGAAUGAGCAAUCAUCGCGAGAGAUCAUGGCUGUUCCUCGACUCUCUGUGCCUCGACUUGUCGAGCGGUACCGACAGACCAAGCGCCGGCUCAUGAUUAUCGACUACGAGGGUACUCUCGCCUCAUGGGGAUCCCCACAGAGCAUCAUUCUUACCACCCCUCAACGUGCCAUUACAACACUGACUGAACUUGCUGAUGACCCGGCUAAUAUUGUUUACGUGAUGAGCUCACGUAUGCCGGAAGAGAUGGAGCGGCUAUUCCGCCAGGUCAAUCAUCUAGGACUCAUUGCCGAAAAUGGAUGCUUUGUCCGUGAUCCCCAGUCUGACGAGUGGACUCGUCUCGCUAAGAAAACCCAAAACUGGAAGAAGUCUGUGUCCAAUAUUUUGAACUAUUUCAAAGACCGGACUGAGGGUAGUUGGAUCGAGGAACGUCAUUGUUCGCUUGUGUUCCACUAUGGGUCAGCCGAGGACCGUCCUGGCGCUGGACGUCUUGCUGCUGAAUGCGCAGACCAUAUCAACGAUGCAUGUGCUAGUUACGGCGUACAUGCCAUUCCCGUCGAGGGUGCUCUCAUCGUGGAACUCGUAAGCACCAGUAAAGCGUCCGCUGCAGAGCAAGUCUGGCGGUGGUGCUUGGGGCCCUCGGAUCAACCAGGGGAUGCCGCGAAACCCGAUUUCCUACUGGUCAUCGGUGAUAAUCGUGAAGAUGAGCCCGUAUUCCGCUGGGCCAAUAAGUUGCAGAAGGCUAAUGGCGUCGAUUACGCCAUGACGGUCACGUUGGGGUCGCGAAGCACUGAGGCUCAAGCGACGUUGACGCAGGGAGUGACAGGUGUGUUGUCUUGCUUGCAACAGCUAACUGCUCCGUCGAAGCCUGAAGCCCAGUAG